GAAAAUUCAAAGACAGACAUUUAUAUGAUAGCAAUCGAUAUAAACUUCACGAUGGGACGUCCGAAGCGAAAUGUUCUGGCGGCCGCAGAGGCUGCCCUGACACCCCCCGACACUCUCGAGCCCAACCAAUCUCUGGUCCGCGUUGUCAAGCCUGAAGGAAAUAACCUGUACAGCUGUGAGCUUCCAAACGGCAAAACCCUCGUACUGGAACUGGCCCAGCGAUUUCGAAACACCAUUUGGAUCAAGCGUGGCGGGUUUGCCUUGGCUGAACGAUACGAAGACGGCAAGGAGGAUACUCGAGCAGAGGGAGAAAUCGUCAACGUUGUCCGUGAUGAGAAGGCCUGGCGCAAACAGUCUUAUUGGCCCAAAGAAUUCGUCAAAAACACAUACGACAUGAGCGACUCCGAGGACGAAUCCAAUGUCGGAAAAAUGCCCCCAAGUGACUCCGAAGAUGAGUGAAAAGGAAAAUGCACUUCUAGAUCCAGAUCUAUUUGUUCUUAUCAUCAACAUUCCCGACUCUGGCAGCGGGAACAGGAACGGCAAGUCUGGCUGUUCCCAGAUACACCAACACAACGGUCGCCAGCAUUGUGUUGACAGCGAUGGUUGAGCUGAGGUCGGUGCUGGGGUAUACGUUCCAAGCCCAUUCCUGCGCGGCCCAGAUAAUUGUCACGAUGACGGGGUCUUCGGUGGCUCGCCAGAGGAGAUAGGGUGUCGCCCAGGCGAGAUAGGCAUAGAACUGGUAGUGUAGUGACCGAGCGAACAGAAGACCAAUGAGGUUGGCGGAGAGCAUGGUAGUCAUGACGUACUCGGGGGUGACGUAGUGGGAGAUGCGAAGCUGUUCCUGCAUGGUAAAUGGGGACUUGAGUCGCAAGAAUGAGGGAAUCAGGUCGUAGAGCGAUCGUCCAGUCGGUUGGAUCCAUCUCUUGGAGAUGAAGAUCAGGAGCACCAGAACGUGGCAGGCCAGAAGAGAUAUAGCAAAAUACUUGCUGAGGAAAACUUCCUCGCCCAACAUGCGCCAAUUGACCGUCCACUUGAAUUGAAACUGUCGUGACAGCUCAAAGGCCC